CGCCCACCAUGUCUUACAGCUCAGUCGGCGCUCCGGCCGUCUUUAACGGAACCGACGAGGUCGGCGGUGAUCCCAGUAUGUCCGCAGUCCGCAGUCCACAUCCCAUGAUGCAAAUCGUGAAAAACUCGGCCAAAAAAUGAACGGGGACAUCGUGUGCUAAUUCGUAUGCCUCACUUUCAGCAACCACCAACCUCAACCAAUGGUACCAAUCCGGUGACCAGGCCUUCAUCCUGGUCAGCUCCUGUCUCGUCCUCAUCAUGGUCCCCGGCAUCGCCUUUCUCUACUCCGGCCUCGCUCGGAGAAAGUCGGCCCUCUCCAUGCUCUGGGUCGUCAUGAUGUCCUUCAGCGUCAUCGUCUUCCAGUGGUAUUUCUGGGGCUACUCUCUCGCCUUCAGCCAGACAUCCGGAAACCCCUUCAUCGGUGACAUGCACCACUUCGGUCUCCAGAAGGUCCUGGGCGCCCCCUCCGUCGGCUCCCCGCUCGUCCCCGCCCUCCUCUACUCCUUCUACCAGAUGAUGUUCUGCGCCGUCACUGGUUCCCUUACCGUCGGCGCCGUUGCUGAGCGCGGCCGCGUCAUCCCCAGCAUGGUCUUCGUCUUCUUCUGGGCUACCCUCGUCUACUGCCCUCUCGCAUACUGGGUUUGGAACGCCAACGGCUGGGCCUUCAAGAACGGCGUCCUCGACUACGCCGGUGGUGUCCCCGUCGAGAUCGGUUCCGGCAUGUCUGCUUUCGCCUACUCCUGGGUCCUCGGCCGACGUAACGAGAAGAUGAUGAUGAACUUCCGCCCUCACAACAUCUCUCUCAUCACCCUCGGCACCGUCCUCCUCUGGUUUGGAUGGCUCGGAUUCAACGGCGGCUCUGCCUUCGGUGCCAACCUCCGCGCUGCCAUGGCCUGCUGGAACUCUUGCCUCACUGCCAUGUUCGCCGCCAUGACUUGGUGCCUCCUCGAUUACCGCCUGGCCCGCAAGUGGUCCAUGGUCGGCUGGUGCUCUGGUACCAUCUCCGGUCUCGUUGCUGCCACUCCCGCCUCCGGUUUCAUCGACCCCUGGGCAUCCAUCAUUCUCGGUGUCGUUGCCGGUGUCGCCUGCAAUUUUGCCACCAAGGUCAAGUUCUUCCUCCGCAUCGACGACUCCCUCGAUGUGUUCGCUGAGCACGGUGUCGGCGGCAUGGUCGGUCUCAUCUUCAACGCCUUCUUCGCCACCGGCAAGGUUAUUGGACUCGACGGCGUCAAUUCCGGCCUCACCGGUGGUUUCCUCGACGGCAACUACGUUCUCCUCGGAUGGCAGAUCGCUGCCAUCGUCUCCGCCUCCGCUUACGCUUUCGUCAUGUCCGCCAUCAUCGCCAAGCUCAUCGAUUUUGUUCCCGGCCUGAAGCUCCGUGCCUCUGAGGAGGCUGAGCUCCUCGGUAUGGACGAUGACCAGCACGGCGAGUUCUCUUACGACUACGUCGAGGUCCGCCGUGACUUCCUGGCCUGGAGCCCCCACCGCGAGGAGCCCGCUGAGGAUGGUGAUGUCCUCGAGCCCACCCACGGUAUCCACGAGCACCAGUCCAUGAUGCAGACCCCCAGUUUCUCUGACGAGGCCGGUGUCACCAAGGCGCCUUCCGUCGAGAAGAUGCCUGAGCGCGACGGAAGCACCAGCGAGAAGCGCGAUUAGGCGUCUGCGCUGAGUCAAGUUGCAGUGUUGGAUAGAGUCGAUGUUUCUUUUGUUUUUGAAAUCGGUCGUUGGGGCAAGCCGGCACAGGCGUCUUUGGUUGAGAAUCUUUCCGCAUGUACAAUUGUAAUACCCGCAUGGUAGAUGUAUCCGGCUUUGAAAAAGCAACAUGCAAGUCAAAUUUAGGACGCACAUAUAACAUUUCUGCAGUCUGGUACUUUAAAUAGUUGUGGAAUCAGAUUGUCCAUAUCUUCUCAAACCCAAUUCCCACUUGCU